AUGGAGACGACGACCUCAUAUCAUCGUCGUAGGUUAUCGAAGACCGAAAACGGAGUCUCUGUGGACGAUUCACUCGCGACCGUGGUCCUCGCGCUCCGCCGCUCCAGUCGGCGUGUGUCUCCUCCUCAGGGUGGGGACGGCUGCGGCUGGCGCGGAGGCGGCUGGAGGUGUGGUGUGAGUGUGAGCGUGUGGUGGCGGCGGGCGACUCGCUAG